AUGAAGUCGAUACUGGUCUUGGGAGCCUCGCUCCUUGCAAGCACUGCUAUUGCCAACCCCAUACAGAGACGCGAUGACGUUACAGCGACCGAGUGGACCCAGGAGGUCGUGUACGAGACCGUCACUGUCACUAUUGAGAGCGAUCUCUCGUCACCUACACCAGAGUCUACCACCGAAAGUGCCUCCUCGUCGCCUAGUCCCACUAGUGACACCCAAGCGGAUCAGCAGAACCAGCCCCAACAGUCCUCACCCAGUCAAUCAUCUCCACCGCCUGCCAGUUCCAUCUCAAGCGACUAUGCCCAAGGCCUUCUCGAUGCGCACAACAAUCACCGAGCCAAUCACUCCGCCCCUCCUCUUACCUGGUCGAAUGAACUCGCCGACACGGCAAGACAGAUCGCGCAGUCCUGCGUAUAUGCCCACAACAUGAACACCAACGGCGGAGGCUACGGUCAGAACAUCGGAGCGGGCGCUCCUCGAGACCAGGCCCCGAAAAUGAUUAGUGGCAACAUGUAUAACGAUGAGAUCGGCUACUAUCCUGGCUACGGCUCAGAACCGAAUAUGGACGACUUUCACCACUGGGGACAUUUUUCGCAAAUCGUGUGGAAAGGUACAGAAAAGGUCGGAUGCGAGACGGUCUACUGUCCUGGCGGUCUUGCCAACACUGGGAGCAAUGUCAGUCCGUGGUUCAUGGUCUGCAACUACAGUCCAGCCGGCAAUAUGGCGGGACAGUACGCAGCUAACGUUCAACAACCUAUCGGCAUGGCUACGGUGAACAUCUGA